AUGAUCAACUGCUUCCUAUUCUUCAUUCAGGCAAGUCCCCCCCUACCACAUGAAUUCUAUAAAACAGUUGCUUCAGCUAAUCCUAAUCUCGGUUCACACACUGUCGACGUGCAAAUCAAAAACGAAUAAGGCGAAGAAGCCAAGUCCGUCGGCUGAUACACCAGCGCCCAAGGCGUCGGUGAUGAACGACGCGCCGACGACGUCGCCGAAAUUGGAUCCGCCGACGACGACGCCGGUCAAGGAGGAAGCGGCAUCUGCAGCGAUCGGGGCAGUGGCAGAGGAGAAGAAGGAGGAGAAUGGGGAGAAGAAGAAGAAGGAGGAGGAGGAGGAGGACAAGAAACAGGAGGUGAGUACGGAUCAUGACACAGAGCAAAACAAGGAAAGUUCCAGAAGUCGAUCAACUCUCAGUUCAACAGGGCCAUGGACUCGUCGGUCGCCUCGCAGACUGUCUAA